GCUUAGUCCCCAAGUGAGGCAAUAUCCAAUAUCGGCAAUAUGCUGGCAAUGACAAAGGUCAGACAGACAGAUAUGAUCAAAAUUAUGCAGGUAGUACUCGUACGUCCCGUACGUACSCCACGCAAUACAUCGUACGGAAGCUCAUGGAAUUUAUUUUGGCGCGCCGACYGCGAUGAAGUGGAUGGCGCGCCCCUGCACUCUCACGAGCAACAACAGCUUGAAUGAACACGSCUGGCAACGUUCGGCUUUUUGAAAAAAUACGUGAGUAAAUCAAGCGAUUUCCAACAAACUGCAUGGCACACAUUGUUCUCGCCGCCUCCGCUUGGAAAGGAUUMAAAGUUGGCAAUUCUUGACCGCAUCACCUUCUUCUGCAUCAGUUGAAACWUAGCUUUCUAAAAUGACAGGGUCUUCUGACGCCAAUACGGGUUCGGGCCCCGCAGCUGCAGCAGGGGCCUCGACGACAAAGGAAAUCGCUGACGUCCUCGAAGAGCGAUUGAUUGAUUCCGAAUACAAGAUUUGGAAAAAGAAUACACCAUAUUUGUAAGGAUUGAACUGCUUGACGAAGGUCAAUGGGUUUUCCGUCUUGAGAUUUGAUUUUGUUUUUUUCUGACUCUCCAUUUCUCUUAUGAUUCGAUAAAUGACACCGAAAGAUACGACACGGUCRUGACGCAUUCGCUUGAAUGGCCAUCAUUGACCUGCCAAUGGUUGCCUACCAGCAAAAAGCUCAACAAGGGUAACGAUAGUAAAGGCGGGGGAGAUGCAUGUGAGCUCUCGCUCCUACUAGGAACCCACACAGACGGAGGGGAACAAAACUAUCUCAUGGUUGCAAACACCGUAGUUGCUACUUACGAUCCGGUUGUAGCCGGCGUUGACGACGACGACAAUGCCGUCCCUCCACAAGUAGCUUACGACGAAGAAAAAGGAGAGGUCGGUGGAUUUGGGAAUACCGUUGGCUUCGACAAUGGUGGCAGCGGUACCAAUGCAGGAUUUACUAUUGGAAAGGUUGACUAUAAAAUGAAGGUCCGAUUUCCUGGCGAAAUCAAUAGAGCACGAGCUAUGCCCCAAAACCAUUUUAUCGUGGCCGCUCGUGGACCUGAUCCCAACAUUUACAUUAUCGAUCGRUCAAAACAUCCACAGCGACCGGUCGAAGGUGGAAAUUUUUCGCCACAAAUUACGUGCACGGGGCAUACUGCAGAAGGAUACGCAUUGGCUUGGUCCACACUGAAAGAGGGACAUUUGGUGAGUGGUGGGGACGACAACGUGGUUUGCCUAUKGGACGUCAACAAGGGAAUUGCAAGCAACAGCAGUAGCAUCACCGCAACGGCGACGUUUAAGGGCCAUACAGCAACUGUGGAAGACGUCGAUUGGCACGCGAAAGAUCCCAACUUAUUUGCGUCUGUAUCGGAUGACCGGUCUAUUCGACUUUGGGACAUUCGGGAAAAAAAUAACCAACACAUUGUUGAAAAUGCACACACUGCUGAUGUCAACGGUGUCGCCUUCAACCCGAAACUCGAAUAUACCCUUGCCACGGCGUCUUCGGACCACACAGUUGGUAUCUGGGAUAUGCGAAAUCUCAAAAACAAAGUCCACACAUGUCAGGGGGGGCACACCGAUGAAGUAUACGUUGUCGAAUGGGCCCCCUUUGACGAAAGUGUCUUAGGAUCUGCAGGCGCCGAUCGACGGGUYGCCGUGUGGGACUUGAGUCGCACCGGGAGAGAGCAAUCGCCAGAAGACGCCGAGGACGGUCCGCCAGAGCUGUUGUUCGUGCAUGGAGGUCACACUGCCAAGGUAUCCGAUUUCAGUUGGAAUGCUCAACACCCAUGGGUAGUUGCCUCUGUAUCAGAAGACAACGUCUUGCAGGUUUGGCAGAUGGCGGAAGAAUUGUAUGUCGAUGACGACGAGGAGGAAGAAACUGAAGAGGACCGAAAAAAUGAUAAAACGCUGGGGGACGACGAUUUGGAGUAAGGAACMAACUGUAUUCAAACAAAGAACUAUUAGGACA